UCAUGGAGGCCCCGGUGGUGGCACCUCUUCCCAGACAGACGAUAUUUUGACCCGAAAGCAUACAGAAUUAUUCUUUUUGACCAGAGAGGAGCUGGAAAGUCUACACCUCCGGCAGAAUUAAGAGAAAACACAACCUGGGACCUUGUCGAGGAUAUAGAGCAUUUGAGAAAACACCUGGGAAUUAAUAAAUGGGUAGUGUUUGGAGGUAGCUGGGGAUCCACGCUGUCUUUAACAUAUGCUGAAACACACCCAGAUCGUGUGAAGGCACUUGUCCUCCGAGGAAUUUUCAAUCUACGCAGGCGGGAAUUGUUAUGGUUUUACCAGGAUGGGGCAAACCAUUUAUUUCCUGAUCAUUGGGAAAGUUACCUGGCUCCUAUACCAGAGGGCGAAAGAGGAGAUCUAAUGGGUGCUUACUAUAGACAUCUGACCAGUGAUGAUGAAGAAAAGCGCAUCAAAGCAGCCAAGGCUUGGAGUAAAUGGGAAAUGGCCACAUCCCGCUUGUUAGUGGAUGAUGACCUAUUAAAGAGAGCUGAGGGAGACAUAUGGUCACAACAGUUCGCCAGGAUUGAAAGUCAUUACUUUGUACAUGGAGGAUGGUUCAAGACCGAUACUCAAAUUUUAGACGAUGUGGAGAAAAUUCGUCACAUUCCAGCGACCAUAAUUCAAGGGCGUUAUGAUGUUGUUUGUCCGAUGGAAACUGCCUGGUUACUUCAUAAGAAAUGGCCAGAAGCUGACUUCCAUGUAAUACCUGAUGCGGGACAUUCCACAAAGGAAGCUGGUGUACUUCAUCAGCUUGUAGAGGCCACGGACAAAUACAAAAACAUGUGACCUAGCUACCAUGAAGCAGCCUACAUGUCCAUAACAUAUGAUAUAUAUAUAUAUAUGUAUAUAUAUUUAUAUAUAGUUACUUUCAAUUGCACAUUUGUUUAUUUUCAUGUAUAUGUUUAUUUAAACAAAUAAUUUGGUCAUUUUGUGAUGUCGAAAUAUCAGCGUCACUCGCCAUUGUGUUUCUGUCAUCUGAACGAGUAUAAUCCUUCAUUUAACUUCAAUGAACAACAAAAUCUCUUUCUCAAAACUUCACACAUCGGUAUCGGGUCUACAUGAAACUAUUAAAACUUCAGAACAAUUUUAA